UCACUUGUUUUCGUUUGAAGGAGUGGUUUGAGCUUUGAGUGGUGUGUGGUCGUUCCUUCUUGGUAUUGUCGUUGCCAGUAGUUUUCAGAGUUGAAUUGUGUAUUAUUUCAUUAUUCGCGAGGAUAUCAGUCGAAUAAUGUCGAACGGUUCGAUUACGCCAAAUAAUCACGUUAUUAGGCUUUGCCAUAUCAUCAAGUGGGAUGAUUUCGACGGAUAUGGUUUCAAUUUGCAUGCUGAGAAAGGAAAACCGUGGCAAUACAUAGGUAAAGUUGAUGAGGGCUCUCCUGCCGAGGCUGCUGGUCUCAAGGAAAAUGAUAGAAUUAUUGAAGUUAAUGGGGUAAAUAUUGCUACUGAAAAUCACAAACAGGUCGUUCAGAGAAUAAAAGCUAUGCCAGAUGAAACCAAAUUACUCGUGGUCGAUCAAGAAGCUGAUAAUUAUUUCAAAUCGAAAAGUAUAGUGAUAAAAAGCACACAUCCAAACGUUGUUGUUAUGAAGACUCCAAGGCCAGGAUCUUAUCUAAAUGGAACUGAAAUUGAGGAUAACCAUUCUCAAAAGUCUGAAAAAAGUGGCCUGUCACUAGAUAAUGAGGUGUCAUACAAAGGAAGCAGCGGUGCAACUACUCCUUCAAGCGACAGGAAGCACAGUCCAGAUAGUUCCAGUCCUGAACCAAAUGAUUUCGCAGAUGAGAAUAUGAUGCAAUCCGGAAACAAUCAGAACAACAAAAACUUGAAUGCUGCUCUCAAUUUGAAUAUGACUGCUAAGGAGCUGAGAGAGAAGCUGGCCCUGCGUAAGAAGUAUGAUCCAAAAAAAGAUGCCACCAUCGAUUUCAAGAAGAAAUACGACAUUGUUCAGAAAUUGUAGGAAUCUACACUCGAUUGGACAACAUUUCUGCACAUCAUUGUUAUUUUCAACACUUCUUAACUAAGUAUCUUUCGUAAAUAAGUGAUAUAUAUAUAUAUAUAUUUUAGUUACAUUUAUCGAGUAAAAGUUAUCCAACCUUUUAUUGUUAUCAAUUAUUAUCGAUAACAAAUGUCUUAGUGUAGGGGACAAGUUACUGAUUGAUUUCAUUUCACAGACGAUUUUUUCAUUUUGGAAGCAUUCAAAUUAAUAUAAUAGAUAACUAGAUUACUAGAUAAUUAUAUCUAGAUUCUUGAUUGAAACAAACUCUUGCACUUAUUUUAUAAUAGGAGUUAAAUGUACAUAAGAAGUGCAACAAUUAAUUUAAAUCGCAUAAAACGAUUUUUAAUUGUAGUUCUUCAACUAUUCACUCCAAGCUCAAAUCGUUAUUUCAUUACAAAUUUUCCUAUUUUAUUCUGAAGAAUCUUCUUCAACAAGGGGUUUUUAGUUUACAAAAUUGACUCAUGGCUAGGUUCGUAUUCUUUCUUUCACACUGUUAAUUAAUUUUUAUGUUCUAUUUUUAAUGUCUUAUUUUAUGCUCUAACAUCUUCAGCUGUAAUACAAAGUGCUCGUUUAAAUUGAGCACAACGAAAAUGCGUUCAACUAGAAUUUUACUACUAAAUAAAUGAAUAUUCGUUUACUUUGUUUCUGUGUACACACAUAUUAUUGGACAAGUUUAUUCGAAAUAGAUUCAUAAAACUUAUAACUUGUCGAGUUGUACAUAAAAAUAUUAGUUGUUGCCAUUAUUCCAGAGUAAAAUAAACUUGAACGUUUUUUCGCUGUGUUUGAUUGGCUCGAGUCAUUUUGAAAGUUUAAUUUUCGAUUGAAUGCUUCAGUGAAAAGUUUUCUGUGAAUCGUAGUAGUUUGGUUGAAUUUGAAUGUAUUACCUUUUUAAGAAUUUUACAUUUUCUUCACAAUAAUGUGAUUUGUGCUAUGUACUUCCGUCCGAAUAUUGUUUUCAAAGAAGAUCCAGAUUGUAAAAUGACAAACAUGUUGCAUGACAAUCCGCGAUAAAAUGAUACUAACUGGCUCAAAAUGAUUCAGAAAGAAUAAUUUCAUGUAUUAGAAUAUAGUAAGAUUAUGUGAAUUAGUAAGGUAUUUUCUUGUAAAUCUUUUGGUAAAAUGUUUUAAAACAUGCAUCGGUUGACCACUCAAGUAUUUCCAAUGCUAUUCUGCCUUUGUAAGGGUUGUACCGGUUCUGUAAAUCUAUUAAAUUUAGGCAAUCAGUAUUAUUAAUGCAUUCAGUAUUAUAAUACUAUCCAUAUCACUUGCGAUAAUACCAUCACUGUAUAUUUCACUGUAUUCUGCUUAUAACUAGAUUGAUGGAAUUAGAUUUCAAACAACGUGUAAGGCAAGCUAGCAUUUCAUAAGCAAUUAUCAAUUCAAAUAAGUGUGGACUGAAUAUUUGUGGGGUAGAGAUUAUAAAGUCAUUAAUUCAAAUUCUUUAUUCAGCAAAACAAGCAUAGUAUACAAACAUUUUUUGAUCGCCCACAUGGACCUCAGGGGCCAGUAUUUGGGUCGACAGUCGAUCAGAGAUAAUUAUACUGAAAGAUCAGUAAGAUGGAACACUAUAUUUGAUACAAAAUAUAACUGUACUUCUGAAUCAAACUUCAAGUCAUGAUGUGGGCGUAGCGCUGAUGGCAUUUGUGGGCAAGGAGUGACGGCGUGUCGUCAUGUGA